CUGACUCCUGCUUCCUGUCUCCUACCUCCUACCUCCUGUCUCCUACCUCCUACAUCCUGGCUCCUGCCUCCUGACCUGUCACAGGACCUCUCGUACAGAAUAGCAUCUGGCGGUCCCGUGUCACUUCCACACGGUGAGAUGAACAGAGAGGCGCGUGCCACCCGCAGAGCUCGUCGGCGCGUUUGAUCUGUGAGCAGCGUCACCGUGGUAACGUCCGCCCGUUCAUCAGCGCGAGCCGGCUGGAGCAGGUGUGUGAAGUCAGUGUCAUGACUGGAGCUGAGCCUGAGGAGGACAUCCCACUCGGAGAGAGGAAGACUGUGACGGACUUCUGCUACCUGCUGGACAAGUCCAAGCAGCUCUUCAAUGGGCUGAGGGACCUGCCUCAGUAUGGACACAAGCAGUGGCAGUCCUACUUCGGACGGACCUUCGACGUCUACACCAAGCUGUGGAAGUUCCAGCAGCAGCACAGGCAGGUCCUGGACAGCCGCUACGGCUUGAAGAGAUGGCAGAUUGGGGAAGUGGCAUCCAAAAUUGGACAACUUUACUACCACUACUACCUCCGGACCUCAGAGACGAGCUACCUGAACGAGGCCUUCUCCUUCUACUCAGCCAUCCGCCAGCGCUCGUACUACUUCCAGGUCAACAAGGAGGACAGGCCAGAGUUGGUGGUGAAGAAGCUCCGGUAUUACGCUCGUUACAUCGUGGUCUGUUUACUGCUGAACAAGAUGGACCUGGUCAAGGUUCUGGUGAAGGAGCUUUCUGAGGAGAUUGAAGAUUACACCCAGCGCUUCAACACAGAGGACCAGCUGGAGUGGAACCUGGUCCUGCAGGAAGUGGCAGCUUUUGUAGAGGCCGAUCCGGUGGUGGUUCUGAACGACAACAGUUCUGUGGUGGUGACCAACAACCGCCUGCAGGAGGGCAGCGUUCCUCCCCUGGAACAAGGCAUGGUGGUCGGGCAGCUCGUCCUCGCCGACGCACUCAUCAUCGGCAACUGUAACAACCAGGUGAAGUUCAGUGAGUUGACCAUCGACAUGUUCCGCAUGCUGCAAGCUCUGGAGAGAGAACCUGUGAACCUGGCCACGCAGCCCUCCAAGCAGCAGGGGGCGCUGGAGCCCAGUGGCUUGGUGAAGAAACAAGUCACUUCUAGUAUCUGCGACCUUCCGACCCAGCCAGCACUAUUCUCAUCCGCCUCCUUCAAGGAGUUGCCGGCUAACAGCGCUCUGCUGGUGUACCUGUCAGCCACUGGAGUCUUCCCCACAGGGAACUCAGAUUAUGAAGGCCCGUAUGACUUCGGAGGAGUUCUCACGAAUACAAACCGAGAUGUGGUGAACGGAGAGACGCUGCAGAAGAAGAGUCAGGCCCAGAAGGAAAUGCACUGCCUUCAUCCAGGAGACCUGUUCCCCUUCACCCGGAAGCCGCUCUUUGUCAUCGUGGAUUCUUCCAACAGCUCAGCCUACAAGCAUUUCACUAACCUGUUCGGCCAGCCUCUGGUGUGCCUCCUCUCCCCCACAGUCUACCCCAAGAGUGUGCAAGAUCAGUGCCAGCGGGGCAGUCUGUUCACGCUGUUCCUCUACAGUCCUCUGCUGGCCUUUUCCUCGGUGUGCGGCCUCAGCAGCGUCCAGCGAGGCCUCUGGGAGAGAGCGCAGGAGUUCCUCAGCAAGGUGUACCAGGACAUCGGCCAGAUGAUCACCCGCUCACGCACCAUAGAUCAAGCCUUUCUCCAGUUCUUUGGUGACGAGUUCCUCCGGCUGCUGCUGAUCCGCUUCGUGUUCUGCUCCGCGGCGCUGAGGCUGCACAAACUGUUCCGGGAGUCCCAGAGCUUCCCGGAGUCGUACCCCGAGCUGCCCAAGCAGGACACGGUGGAGAGCGGCCUCCUGCAGAAGCACGUCCUGCAGCUGGCCGCCAUGCUGGACGUCCAGAGCCUGUUCUGGGACGCCCCGCUGGAGGCCUACUGACCACGGCCCGGCCCACGUGUACAGACUCCACCCCUUUUUACAGGGAACUCGUUCACAAGCAGCGAGCUCCACGUCGUGAGGCUUCACGUGUUUAGUGUACGCCCCGCUCUGGGGUCAAAGGUCAUCCAGUCCAACACGGAGAGGCUUCCCAGAGCCGAGCUCCUCCAGCUCGACGGGCCUCGAGGCCUCGGACGACCUUCAGCUCACAGUUGUUGUCUUGUUUUGUGUUUUUCAUACUAUUUAUUGUUGUUCUCAGCGGGAUGCUUGUGUCUCCUAGGAGAUGGAGAGCUGGACCCCGGAGAGCAGAGCGGUCAGUCGAUAUGAAACAUCCAUAGCAGCCCCUUCCCGGGCUUUACCCACAAUGCUCUCUGGGCUGCAUGAGCUCACGUCUUCACACAUCAACCAGCAUUUAAUACCUUGAAUGGACCGUUAUCUUCAAAGUGGUUCUUUUCCAUAUCACUGUGCUGUGCAUGCAACCAGGGAGAGACAUGUUGAAAGACUGAGGCCCCAGAACCCUCUAGAAGCCUUCAGAAGCCUCCAGAAGCCUCUAGAACCCUCCAGAAGCCUCCAGAAGCCUCCAGAGGGCUCCAGUAGCCCCUAGAAGCCACAUGAAGCCCCCAGAAGCCUCUAAAAGGCUCAAGAAGGCUCCAGAAGCAUGCAGGUCUCUGGAGGGAUGUUAGACGUGGUGGUUCAGUAUUUAUAAAUCUAUGGAAUGUGUGAAAUAUGAAGUUAAACUUCGAAGAAGAGGACCUGAAGAGGACCUGAAGAGGACCUGAAGAGACCCCGAAGAGGACCUGCUGCCCGUUGUUACUUUCAGAUCAUACGCUGAUGAACAUGCGUAUCCUCUUAAUGAGCGUACUGUCCCUUUAAGGGGGCGUGGCUUGUUAACGAGGUCAUGUAACCAGUGACAUUCCACAGGGCAGAGGGCUUCCUGUCUGAUCAACGCUCCCUUCAGUUAUGACGGUGAAGAUAUUGUAGGCUUGCACUUUAUGGAGUUUGUUGUUGUUGUUGUUGUUGUUCCUCAUGCCAGUUCUUCACACUGGCGACUUUUCUACAACAGUUCUUCUAGGAACUCGUCUCUCACUUCAACGUCCUUCAGGAGCGAGUCGACACGCUUCGGAUCUACUGGGAAACGUGCAGACCAGGAGGACCAGCUCCUCUAUAGAGGACCAGGAGGACCAGCUCCUCUAUAGAGGACCAGCUCCUCUAUGGAGGACCAGGAGGACCAGCUCCUCUAUAGAGGACCAGCUCCUCUAUGGAGGACCAGGAGGACCAGCUCCUCUAUAGAGGACCAGGAGGACCAGCUCCUCUAUAGAGGACCAGCUCCUCUAUGGAGGACCAGGAGGACCAGCUCCUCUAUAGAGGACCAGGAGGACCAGCUCCUCUAUAGAGGACCAGCUCCUCUAUGGAGGACCAGCUCCUCUAUAGAGGACCAGGUGGACCAGCUCCUCUAUGGAGGACCAGGUGGACCAGCUCCUCUAUGAAGAACCAGCUCCUCUAUAGAGGACCAGAAGGACCAACUCCUCUAUGGAGGACCAGCUCCUCUAUAGAGGACCAGGAGGACCAGCUCCUCUAUGGAGGACCAGGAGGACCAGCUCCUCUAUAGAGGACCAGGAGGACCAGCUCCUCUAUAGAGGACCAGGAGGACCAGCUCCUCUAUGGAGGACCAGGUGGACCAGCUCCUCUAUGGAGGACCAGGUGGACCAGCUCCUCUAUGAAGAACCAGCUCCUCUAUGGAGGACCAGCUCCUCUAUAGAGGACCAGGAGGACCAGCUCCUCUAUAGAGGACCAGGAGGACCAGCUCCUCUAUAGAGGACCAGCUCCUCUAUGGAGGACCAGGAGGACCAGCUCCUCUAUGAAGAACCAGCUCCUCUAUAGAGGACCAGGUGGACCAGCUCCUCUAUGGAGGACCAGGUGGACCAGCUCCUCUAUGAAGAACCAGCUCCUCUAUAGAGGACCAGAAGGACCAACUCCUCUAUGGAGGACCAGCUCCUCUAUAGAGGACCAGGAGGACCAGCUCCUCUAUAGAGGACCAGCUCCUCUAUGGAGGACCAGGAGGACCAGCUCCUCUAUGAAGAACCAGCUCCUCUAUAGAGGACCAGAAGGACCAGCUCCUCUAUGGAGGACCAGGUGGACCAGCUCCUCUAUGGAGGACCAGGUGGACCAGCUCCUCUAUGAAGGACCAGCUCCUCUAUAGAGGACAUGGAGGACCAGCUCCUCUAUAGAGGACCAGCUCCUCUAUGGAGGACCACAGACCAUGUGCUACUCCUCUACCUGGUUGGGUACCAGGUGGUUUGUCAUGAUUCCUUGUUGCCAUGGCAACGUUCAGAAUGAGAUGAUGCUGGUCAUGUGACUCCAGUCCACAGUGAUGUGUCCUCAUGGAGGAGCUGAGAGCCGGACUGCGGGUCAGAGGAGGACCCCAGGAGGGUCCCAGGCCCUCUGGGGGUCUGAACCGGUCUGAACCGGUCUUAUGAUCCACCAGCACAACAUGUGAUGAAUGUUUUGACAGCAGCUCUCUGGUCACGAGAAGAACAACGCUCCGCUGGACUUCACGGAGCAGGUCCACGCCUCUUAGAACUCAAAUAACUGCCGACGGACCGGUCCGGUUCCCCUGCGUUCAGGACUCAUUUCUACCUUUUGUACCGACUGUUUCUUUGGUUUCAGUCAAACUGUGAAAUGUGUUUUCAAGACUUAAAAGAUAAAGCACAGCUUGUUCUCUGUGCCGCAUGUUUGUUUGUUAGAAUAGAAGUGCCAAACACUGACUGCUCUUGCUUUCCAUCUUCACGGUGAUUGAUCUGUUUCUGUUUGUUUUUCUCUGUGUUGCUAGGAGUCAAUAAAAAGACAAACGUGGCUUCAUA